AUGGUCCAACUUCUUCUCCUUCAUAUGCCAUUCUGCACCCAUCGUACGAUCUUCUCAGAUCGUUAUAUAACAAUCAAGAAUGCCUCAAUGUCCUUUCCAAGCAAAGCACCCCGCGUCACCAAGGACGCCGCUAGUUUACAUCAGUGCCCCGAGUGUGACAGGGCCUACGAGAGACCCGAUCACCUAGCCCGCCAUUUGGACUCCCAUCGUAAUGAGCGAAACUUUCAUUGUCCGACCUGUCAUCGCGGCUUCAACCGUAGGGAUGUACUGCAACGGCAUCGAUUGAUCCACACAAGUGGUACGCCUCUCAGCAAACACGCAGGGAGAGCGGUUGAGGCGUGUGAACAAUGCGCAAUAGCGAAAGCGAGCUGUGACAACGAUAGCCCAUGCAAUAGAUGUCAACGGAAAGGAAUACCAUGUAUUCCACGAAAGCAACGGCACCGCUGCUUUAGAACAAUGGCCAAGGCUACACCCGAAGCUGAGACACCCCAAGGUCAAGGAGGCAGCGAACCUGGUGUCGACCUUAGCACAACACCGAGGACUGAAUCCAUCGCCCAUAGUGAAAACCGCCAGGCACCGCCAGCCUUGGAAGCCGGGAUGAAUCCGCUAUAUUCAACAGCAUCACUUGCUUCGCCUGUUAUAUCAUUUCCUACUGGCAUCUCCGAUCAGAGUAAUCCCGUCGAUAACUUGAGCGAGUUUCCAGCAUUUUUUGAGCAUGUCAUGAUGCCAUCCGACCUUUUCUCAACUGGUGUCCCAGGCGUGCAGCAGCCGAGGGGCGUCUUGGAUAUUAUGUGUGACCCGGGAUUUACUAGUGCUGAUGCUAACUUAUUCGGUUCCGGUAUUAUCACGGACCUGGACAAAAUAUUAGAAUACAAUCUAUCGCCUGCUCCAACAUCAUCAGACCAAGAACUGAACACUGAAGAAGAAAGCACGAAGAAGCGCGUCGCUGCAUUUCGAAAAUCUUUGUGGCUUAGGGUACCCGAAAAGAACCAGAAUGGCUUUAGCGGGGAUGGCCAAAUACCUCUCAGAGACGGGGACAUGACGGCUUCCAUCUCUUCGCUGCACAGAUCUCGGCUUGAAGCUCUAAAUAUCCGUGGUAAGCUCACACAGCAGAUGCGAGAUAACAUCUUUCAACUUGUUCUCGCUACUGGCGGCUCGCGGCUUUCCGUUCCUUCAUUUCCAACCGCCGAGUCGCUUGACGCUUUGAUCAAGAUCGGCAUCUCGAAAAGAACCGAAACAGAUGCCUGGAUCCACCCGUAUACCUUGUAUCGCCAGGACUCCAGACCUGAACUCUUGACUGCUCUUACUGCUGCUGGGUGUGUAUGUUCUGCUAUUCCGUCAGUAGGCAAGGCGGGUGUGCUCCUUCUAGAAAUUGUCCGAGUCAGCCUGGCAGAUCUUGUUGAAUCUGAUAACAGCGUUCUGCGUGAUUUGCAAUAUUUUCAGGCUUCUAUGAUGUGGUUGGAUAUUGGCAUUUUCUGUGGCUAUAAACGCAAAAUGCAGAUAGCGGAAAGCCACCUACAGCCAUUAUGCACAGAUCAGGCUUUAAGAAGGGCUGGAACUUUUGACCGCUCAUUCUACUCAGAUAAUCAGCCAGUACAAGCCCUAGGUGGUGAAUCAAUAGAAGACGCCUGGUUACAAUGGAUACAGCAAGAGUCAUUGAAGCGCCUUGCUUACCACCUUUUUGGACAUGACGUGGAGGUAGCGGCAGCCAUGAACAGGCCUGCAUUGACCAGCUACGCCGAGUUCACUGUGCCCUUUCCGAGUGCCCGUGAUCUUUGGCUUGCCCCGACAGCAACUGCUUGGAAGGAACUCUUGGAAACCAAGUACUCUCAUGCCGUCUCCUCGAAUUUAUCUUUGAGAGAUCUAUUGUCUGAUCUUUCUAUUUUAAACGAUCUACCUGUCAACAUUGACACAGGUGUAGUGAAUUCCGCUGUGCUACACGGGCUGAUGAGCCAAGUCUUGAUGUUCCGCCAACAAGCCUCGCUCUCGGACAGCCGUACCAAUGAUCAGCCUGUAACUAGGCUGUGGCUACAGACUCGCCAGGAUGAUUUGUACGGUACUCUGUUGUCUCUGGAAGAGCUCAAGGCUAACCAGGAUAUUGCUAGGUCCCAAUGUAUCAAAACAGUGAGCGAAAAUAUCGUUGAUGCGCCGCCACUCGCAACACUUAUCUGCGAAUUUGCUAUGAUGCACCUUCAUGUUAAUUUGGACUCAAUCCAGCGAUUCGCCGGGCAAUUUGGAGAAAUGGAAGCAAGGCGCGAGUACCCGAAGCUCCGUGAGUGGGCCCUAACUAAAGAGGCUCGGACCUCGAUUUGGCAUGCUGGGCAAGUUCUACGCGCAGCUCGGCUAGUGCUACCAUUUCAACUUCGAGGGUUCGAUAGCCUCGCAAUCUACCAUGCUAUAUUAGUUCUAUGGGUAUUUGGGCUACUCUGUUGCGGUGAAAAACAGCGCGAUAACAACACAAAUCCAACAAGUGGCCAUCCGAAUCUGGUAGUCAGCCUGGAUGGCCCAGAAACGGAGCUUAUUAAGUCGUUCAUUAACCGGAGCGUAGGCCAACAUGGCCUGACCCUCCACUUUGCCGGUGCUGAGAAUAGCACCGUUUUCUGUCCACUCAGUAGUCCCCGCUUAGUAAUGGAUGUGGGAAGACAGGUUUACGAAGGCAACUUUCAAGGAGCAACUGAUUAUGUGCCGCCACUGGUCGAAAACUUGCGCAACUUGAUUCAUGAGCUGGGGAGCUUGCCCUAG